AGUUUGCAACCCGUUAGCUCUGCUGGGAUUUCUUUUGGAGUUGGUGACAGUUUAGGGAAGGGCACCCCUCCAGCCGGGGCUCCGCGCAGCUAUGUCUCUCCUCCUGCUGGUGGUCUCUGCCCUUCACGUCCUCAUCCUCAUCCUGCUUUUCGUGGCCACCUUGGACAAGUCCUGGUGGGCCUUCCCCGGGAGGGAGUCCCUGAACCUCUGGUACGACUGCAAGUGGAACAGCAGCACGGACAUCUGGAGCUGCGGUAACGUCAGUGAGAAUGGUUGGCUGAAAGCGGUGCAGGUACUAAUGGUACUCUCCCUCAUCCUCUGCUGCCUCUCCUUCAUCCUGUUCAUGUUCCAACUCUACACCAUGCGGCGAGGCGGGCUCUUCUAUGCCACCGGCUUCUGCCAGCUUUGCACCAGCGUGGCGGUGUUCACCGCAGCUUUGAUCUACACCCUCCAUGCCCGGGAAAUCCUGGGAAAGGAAGCCCAGGGGGGCAACUUCGGCUACUGCUUCGCCCUGGCCUGGGUGGCCUUCCCCCUCGCCUUGAUCAGCGGCGUCGUCUACAUCCACUUGCGGAAGCGAGAGUGAGCACCUUGCAACCCUCGCCGCUCCCAGCCCCUCUGCUUCACCCGAAAGCCCCCACUCCCCAACGUCUUCCAGAAAAUAAAACCAUCCAACCGCGGA